UAGCAUGUUUAUGGACUUUCAAGUUUUGUUGUCUUAAAGCUUUAAGUUAGUUAAAAAAAGGGUUUUUUGAAUGGGAAUCCCUUUGUGUGAUUUGAUAAAGCUURUGAUUGGUUAAUGGGGCAAGUGAUGUCAUCUUGAGUUGUUCAACUGGCAAAAACCAGACUUUGGUUUGAUCGAACUUAUGAAGGAUAAUUUGAAAAUAUUAACCACUAUUUACCAUAAUGGCGAGAUCGGAAGCUGAUAGAUUAUAAAAUGGACGACUGUCAACAGAAGUAUCAAAAAGUUUACAAUUAUUUAAAGCGUACUCUUCCCCAGGAAAGAUACGAAGGAAUUCGAGUGAUCGAUCGGUGUGUGAUUGUUGCUGAUGGAUUCAACAAGUCCUUCAUGUUUGCUGUAUUGGGAGAUAACAUGCUUUAUAUUACGGAAAAUCCACCUAAAUUACCUAGAGAUAUUCGUAUUACUGUAGAUCUUUCUACUAUUACAAAUGUAGAGUUGAUCCAUGACAUUCCAGAAUUCAUUGGUGGUGAUUUAAGAACACAGACACAACAUAUCAUAGUGACUUAUAAAACAACAGGUCCUCAAAAAACACAAACCAAAACAACUAAAGACUUGCCAUCACCACGACAAGCACUUCAAACUCCACUUCUGACAGCAUCGGCCUUGCUACGACUAAACCUGGAGGAUGAACAGGAUAGUACUACAGUACCUUCAGCAUCACAUUACCAUUAUAAUAAGGACAGAAUAAUUGCAGAAGAAGGAAGUUAUAUGAAAAAGAUAUCAAGGAAUUCUAAUAAAAUGAGUGUAUCUGAAGGGAGUAUUCCUCAACUUAUAGAACAGGAAAGAUUUCAAGCAUCUUCUUCAACUGAGAGACAUAAUAGUUUAUGUGUACCUUCYUCAGGACGACGUUUACCCCUCCCCCCCUCACAUAAAGGACAUAGGUUAGAUUCUUAUUCUAAGAUCAAGCAACAGCCAAGAAAAUCAAGACAAAAACAUGAUAGUGAAAGCAAAGAGCUUAAUUCAAGCUCAAGCAGUAAUGAACUGGAUUUGUCUCAAGUAAAGACAGAUUACAGUGAUGACAGGCCAGGUAGACCAUCAUCUCUUGAUUUACCACAAACAUCAACCAUUAAAGCAUCAUGGCGUUCAAGUAGAACAAGAAGUGUUGAUGAAACCCAUCAGACAGUGGAAGAAGAGAGUACCUAUGUGACUGAAGGCAGUGCUGACAAUAUUUCACAGAUACAUAUGUAUAUACUAGAACAGGGAUCACCUAUGUUUGCGUUUUUGAAAAGCACAUGGAAUAACUGCAUCUUGAAAUCUACAUUGCAUUUUGAAGGUCAAGGUUUCCCAGUAGCAUGCUCAUCACCAAGAUCAUUCUCAAAAGUUGACAAUUCUCAGCUACUCACUUUAUUCAACCAACUCAAGACAGAGAUUCUCCAAUCACACAGAAUGGAGAAAACCUUUGUUUUAAUCAAUGAAUUGUUGACUGGUGCUCAGAAAAGCUUCUCUCUUAAAAAAUUCUUCUGGAAGUCUUCAGAGCUCUUCCAGUUCAUAGUUGUUCAAGUCAAACUUUAUCUGCCUAAUUCUCCUUCAAUUCCUUCAAGACGGAAAGGCAACAAUCGAUCUGAUGAAUUUGAUUUUGUAGUGGUGUUACUGGAAUGUUUGAUCUGUAUGUUCAGAGAAACAGAAAUUCUACCAUCACGCUUGAACGUCCUUAAAACUAACAAAGGACAAUCUUUGGUUGAUCUUCUUGAGUCAAUCAUGGCUACACCAACAUUAUCGCGUCCCAAGUCAGAACCUCCUAAGAUAUCACCUGCUGCUCAGCUACUGUUGAUGGGAACAAGUCAGGAUUCAGUACUGUCCAGACGAGAGGAUGAGUUCUCCAAGGCGAUAAUUUUUCCAGUCGAAGGAAAUGCUCUGAACAUAUGCUGGUUGGUUAGCCUGAUGGAUUCUAAUUCUUCUACUGAAACAUUCGUAGAACGAAUGAUGGAACGUCAGUUAAAUAUUAUCUCAACUCGUAGAAAACAUUUAUCUCCAAAGCACGCAGUAUUGUUAUACCAGCAGCUGUAUAUACUCCAAAACAUCAUGGAUUAUAGCGAGAAUAUGGCUGCUAGUAUACCAAGGUCUUAUGCUGAAGAAUUCAGGUACUACAUUAAGAAGCCAAUCAUACAUAAGAAGUUGUCCAGUAGAUACCCCCUAACCCCGCCCAUCCUAAAACUACUGGACAAAGUAACACUCCGUGUUCUGAAGGGGAAAUCAAGAACCAGUUACAGAUAACAAACAUGACGAAUAGAUGGACUACCGUGUUCUAAAGGGGAGAUCCAGAACCAGUUACAGAUGACAAAUACCACGAAUAGGAGUGAACUACCAUACAUGAUUGACAGCUGAACAAAAGGAGAUACGAAAGAGCUACUUUGGCAAGGGAAAUUAUACUUUUAGUUGAUUAAUAACUGAACAGGAUAGAGUUACAAGCAAUAGAUUGUGAUACAGCUGUGCUGGGAAAAGAUAGCAAUCAUGAGACCGAACAAGAUCAACAGAUAUUUAUUAAAAUUACUUAAAAUCUUGAGGAAUAAAAUAAUAAUUGUAAUUAUUUAUUAAUGACUUGAAUUGGCGAAUGAAUGAAACGAAAAAUAAUAAUAAUUGAAAUCAUAGAUCAUGGUUAAUUGUAAAUAUAUUGCAUUUUAUAUGAAACGUUAUAAUAUUUGUAAUUAAACGAGCAAGCUAUUAACAAUAAAAAUAUAAUACCACAA